AAAAUGAUAUUCAUCCAGCAUUCCUGAGUAAUAAGAAUGGGUCCAGAUGUACCUCUGCUGAAUGAUUAUAAACAGGAGUUCUUCUUGAAGCGUUUUCCACAGACCGUGCUGGGAGGUCCCCGGUUUAAAUUAGGCUACUGUGCCCCUCCUUACAUAUAUGUGAAUCAGAUUAUUCUUUUCUUGAUGCCAUGGGUUUUGGGAGGAGUAGGAACACUUUUGUAUCAGUUAGGAGUUAUGAAAGACUACUAUACCGCAGCACUUUCAGGAGGACUGAUGUUUGUUACUGCACUUAUGCUUCAGCUGACAAAUCUAUAUGCAAAACAGAAAACAGUGACGGUAGAAAGAAUGCAAAUUCAGAAUACCCUAACGGAUGAAGAUGAGUUUGAAUUUUCCAGCUGUGUAGGUUCAGAGACAGUAAAAUUUAUUAUUCCUGGCAAGAAGUAUAUAAUCAACACUGUAUUUCAUUCCUUUCUGGCAGGGGUAUUGUGUGGGUUGGGAACUUGGUAUUUGCUGCCAAACAGAAUAACCUUGCUGUAUAGCAACAUUGGAGGAACUGUUAUGAUCUUUGUAUUUGGAUGGGUGACUAUAUGUAUAGGAGAGUAUUCGCUAAUCAUAAAUACGGCUACCGAAACAGCUACUUUCCAAGCACUGGAUACUUAUGAAAUCACUGCUCUGAUGAGACCUUUCUACAUUUUUGUCUUUAUUGCAGUGGAUCUUGCACACAGGUUUGCUGUCAACACACCCAUUCUAGAACAGACAAACCAGAUUUUGCACAUCAUAUUUCUUUUUCUGCCCUUUUUAUGGGCAAUGGGAAUUCUGCCCCCGCUUGACGCACUUUUUCUAUGGGGAAUGGAACAACUGUUGGAGUUUGGACUAGGAGGUUCACCUAUGUCAAGUAACACAAAGUUAUUAGUAAUGUUUCUCAUUUCUGCUGGAACAGCAAUAGCAUCGUAUUUCAUUCCCAGCACUCUCGGUGUGAUCCUCUUCAUGACUGGAUUUGGGUUCAUACUGAGUCUUAACCUAAGCGAGAUUGGUUUUGCCUUCAAACACACCAUGAUCAGCCAUUUAGCCUCCAGCAAAUCUAAAAAUAUGCACAGAGGUCUUAGAAUACAAUUUGGGUGGAGGGAAUUUAUUUUUUAUUUGACUGUAUUGACGUUUGCUCUCAUAGAAGCUAGCCUGCUGCAUCAAUUUGCAGGCUUUUCAUCGUUUUCCCAAGCCAGUCCUCAGGCUAUAGCGAGUUACAUUCUGAUCAUAUUACUUAUAAUUAUGUGGAUUCUUAGAGAGAUUCAGAGAGUGUACUUGUUUGGAGUCUUCCGAAACCCCUUUUAUCCAAAGGAUGUCAGGACUGUGACUGUGUUCAUGGAGAAGCAAAGAAGGCUAAUGAAAGUUGGUGUUGUCAGGAGGAUUUUACUAACACUAGUGUCGCCAUUUGCUAUGAUAGCAUUCCUGUCACUAGACCGUUCGCUACAAAAUCUUCAUUCCGUGUCUGUUUGCAUUGGAUUCACAAGAAUAUUUAGGAUGGUCUGGCAGAAUACUGAAAACGCCUUACUGGACAUAGUGGUUGUGUCAGUAGCACAAAUGUUGGUGUUUAAUCCAGACCUCUGGUGGAACAAGAGCCUUGAUACAGGAAUCAGACUCCUGCUGGUUGGUAUCCUACGGGAUCGACUGCUUCAGUUCGUCUCAAAGUUGCAGUUUGCCAUAGCUAUUCUUUUGACAUCGUGGACAGAGAAAAAGCAACGUCGCAAAUCUACCGCUACCUUAAUCACACUCAAUAUCGUUUUCUUCCCGAUCCUGCUGACCUUCAUCGCCAUCUCUGCCAUCCUUUCUUCUCCCUUGCUGCCGCUCUUCACGCUCCCGGUAUUUUUGAUUGGGUUUCCUAGGCCUAUCCGAAGCUGGCCAGGACCUGUAGGUGCUACAGCGUGUGUUUGCUCUGAUACCGUGUACUACCAGCAGAUGGUUCCAAGUCUGGCUGUUGCUCUGCAGUCUGCACUAGCAGCCGGUAGCCUAGGUCUCUCUCUACCUGGAUCACAUUACUUGUGCCGUUUUCAAGAUAGACUGAUGUGGAUAUUGGUGCUAGAAAAAGGCUUCACUUACUGUGGUGUUAACAUUAAGGGACUAGAAUUGCAGGAAACGUCCUGUCAUGCUGCUGAAGCUCACAGAGUUGAUGAAAUUUUUGAAAUGGCUUUUGAACAUCAGGAGCAGACAAAGAUUCUCUCUCCUAAUCACCAUUUUGGACACAUUUUGACUCCUUGUACUGUUCUACCUGUGCGGCUGUAUUCCGAUGCCAGAAAUGUGUUAUCUGGAAUAAUUGACUCUCAUGAAAAUUUAAAGCAUCUGAAAGAUGAUUUCAUUAAAGUGCUUGUAUGGAUGCUUGUCCAGUAUUGUUAUAAAAAAUCAAAAACAUGGGAAAGCCUGGGCAAUGCCGACAAGAGCAAAAAAGGAUCAUUUCCGGAAAAUCAGCAUAGCGCUGCAGUAGAAAGAUCCAGGCCUCUGAGGGAAGAAGACAGUUUUAGUGUUGAAACAAUUGAGGACUGGACUGAUGAUAGUGACAUUUUUGAUCUUGAACCCAGUGGCAGAAUGAAAGACAGAAAAGAACCUGGGCAGUGGGGAACUACACCAAAAGUACAUCUGUCCAUUCCAGGAUCCGUAGACACACAGAGCCAAGACAUCUCACAAGAAAUGUCACCAGAAGAUAAGUUAUACAGGGCUGUUGUGCUUGGGCUUCCUGCUGUAGACAAAGGGAAACAGCAAGAAGUUUUACCUCGGGUUGCAUUUAGUUGCUCAUAUUCGGAGCUAUUGAGCAUCCCUGAAGAAUGGAGAACAGCCCCAGUGCCUACUUCCAAAGUCAGUGAAAUGAGGCAGAGGUUUCCAGAAGAAUGGUACCACUUCAUUUUGAGUCAGCUGGACUUUUUUCAUCUGAAAGAAAAGCCUUCCAAUUUACUUGAAGACCUUAUGAAAGAUAAAGCUUUGAAAGACUUAUACGUCCAUGGAGUAUUAUCGUGUUGUUUUGGUCUGUUUGGACUGGAUAACACCGUGCCUGCCCCGAGCCAUGUGUUCCGAGCGUACACUGGUGGUAUUCCUUGGUCUGUUGGUUUGGACUGGCUAACCGGCAAACCGGAGCUAUUCCAACUUGCAUUGAAAGCGUUCAGAUACACUUUUAAACUUAUGGUUGACAAAGCAAGCCUGGGUCCAGUUGAGAACUUCAAAGAGCUGGUUAAUUAUCUGGAAGAAUAUGAAAACGAUUGGUACAUUGGGCUGGUGUCGGACCUUGAGUGGCAGCAAGCAGUUCUGCAGGAAAAGCCAUACCUUUUUUCACUGGGGCAUGACCCAAAUAUGGGAAUUUACACUGGGCGAGUCCUCACUCUUCAGGAAUUGUUAGUACAAGUGGGAAAACUUAAUGAUGAAGCUGUCCGAGGUCAGUGGGCAAAUCUGUCCUGGGAGCUGCUGUAUGCUACAAAUGAUGAUGAAGAACGUUACAGCAUCCAGGCACACCCCGUUCUUCUGCGCAACCUUACUGUGCAAGCUGCGGACCCACCUCUUGGCUACCCCAUUUAUUCAUCUGAACUUCUGCAUCUGCCUUUGUUCUAGAAUGUCUGUGGCACUUUUUUUAGUAGUAUUAUUAUUUUGUAUUUUCCAUCUGCAUGUUGGGAAUCAAACGUUCAUGCUACAUUUAUACACUACAAAUUAGAUUUUACUCUCAAAAUGGCGUUGGAUGGCAGUGCCAAGCCAGCGUAGGUAAUUUGCACGGAAAUGGUGCUAGCCAGAACCUUCGGCAGGCAGGAAGUUUUGAACUGUUUUCUUGCUGCUGGAACAUGUGAGAGACACCAUUGCCCGUGUGGCCAAUGAGCCAGGAGAUGCUGAAAUUCUCUUCUCUAGUUUAGAGAAGAGCAGCGUAAUUCUGAUCAUUAACUACUUUUGGUGCAUUCUGAUUUUUUUUUUUUAAUUAUUAUUUUUUAUUUUUAAUAGUUGGACAGGUGACUUGCACUGACAGGUUACAGCUCACUGUAGUACCGU